GAUCGGCUGCGCCCUAGAACUAAAACCGGAUACCUGACAAGUGUGCCUACAAGCCAAGCCUACUAACAAGCAUCAGCGUGUGUACCCAGUCACCUUCUGGCCCCGGUUACCUCAUCUUUUCUGUUUGAAGUGGUCCAAGUAUUUAUCUCGUGGCCCAGCCUGUCUGACGUUCUAUCCCAAGGCGCUCGUCUCUCAUCAUUUUAUCCGUACUUUUUCACAUUCUGCCGUUAAUUCAUUUUCCGUUGACCGAAUUCCCUAACAAUUGGUCGUCGGCAUUUGCCUUUUGGAAUCCCGAUCAAUCGAUUCAUCGAGGCGACGUCAUUUCUGGUUCGCAUCACCACCCACUUAUCGAUAUUGACAUAGUCGACCCGACUCGAUAAGAAACUCAAAAAUACAACAUCACAACCGCAACGAUGGUCAGCUUUGGCCGUAUCGCCUGUGUGGCAUUGCCAUUUCUACUUACGCUCGCUAGCUUGAUUGCAUUGUUGGUUGCUGGCCUGGCUGGUGUUACCGGAAACAAAGAUGGCAACCUCUCGAUGUUCCGCAUCAACCUCACAGAUCUUCAAGUCCCGCCAUCGGCAUUCCAAGGUCUAGCCCGCCGUUCUGCCAUGCCCGAUGACACCCUGAACAACCUGGGCAAGAACCUACAAAGCGCCUCGGGCGAUGUGGCAGCCAAGAUUGACCAGAUCGCCAAGGAGUUGGGCACUGGAGGCUCUGAAAAGGCAAAGCAACUGGGAAGCACUAUCCAGCAGAUGGCAAAUGAUUCUGGCGAGACCGUCGACCAGAUUGCCAAGCAGAUUGCGGACAAGACCGGAGUGAGCGCCAAUGAUUUGAUCGCACAGGCCAAGGCCGCCCUCACCGGCAACGGUGUCAACAUUACCGCCUCUAUGAUCGGUCUGCAAGAGCUUUACGACGUCAACCUUUGGAAUCUUUGCUCUGAGUCUGCGACGGGCAACCGCACCUGCCCGGAUCCCAAGUUCAACUAUGCCAAGGGGGAGAUCAACGAAACCCUGGCUGAGAUCAAGCGCCGAGCUGCUACUGUCAACACCCUUGCGGGAACGAACAUCACCAUCCCCAAGGAAGUCACCGACGGUCUCAACACUUUUGCCGAGGUUGUCCGCUGGACCGAGAUUGUUUUCAUCAUUGCCACCAUUGCGCUCGGCCUGGCCCUUAUCCUCGGUGUCGUGGCCAACUUUAGCCGCGCUGUCUCUUGCCUGACCUGGAUUGUCCAGGGUGUCGCUACAGCCGCUGUCAUCGCAUUUGCUUCGCUUGCCACCGCAACCUCCGUUGUCAUUGUCGGCCUUGUCGAGGGAACUGCCAAGAUUUACGGUGCUCGCGCGAAUUUCAACAGCGGCUACCUCGCCGCCGUUUGGAUUUCGGUCGCCUUCUCCAUUGCCGCCGGUGUCUUCUGGUUGGCUACCGUCUGCUGCUGCAAGCCCGAUGACCGUCGUCGCUCAAAGCGCAACUCUGAUGCCGAGAAGCUUGUCGGCUCCAACAACUCGUCGUAUGCACCCGUUCAGGGAAGCAACGGCUACUACAACAACUCAAACACCUCUUACGGUGCUCCGAGGUACCCUCAGGGUGGUCGCUCAGACACGGCGUACGAGCCUUACUCCCACGCUCGUUAAGCGUGGUGUGAGACUGGGGAUCUAGUGGAGGUGGAGAUCCUAAUUGUUGGCGAUGCUUUUUUGCUUGAUUAUCUUCUAUUUUCCAGCUUCGCUAUGCGGCAUUUCCUAGAGGCGUUCAACGGAUGGCUUUUAAACUUCAUGACUGGGAUACUAAUGACUGUUUUGUGUACGUUGAUUUACUCGACACUUUCUCGAGGGAUAUAUAGGAGAGGGUUUGGACAGGGAGGUUAUGAAUAUUCCCAACCAGUAUUCAAGAUACCCCUUAGCUAGUUCGCCUUCGGCAGAAAAGAACAUUUAUCUACCUACUGCACCAGACCAUAUAUGAAAACAUUAUCUAUAUCGUAACGUUGGUAACAAA